AUGUGUGUCUCGAGCAAAGAAAAGUUCUUGGAAUCGGUUGAGUACAUCAGUAGGAGCUCGAUGGUGAUAGAUGAAGAAGCCGAAGAUCAUCGUUGGGUAAUCAUGGUUUCGAUUCUGGUCCGUAAGAUCAUCGGACUUCUCCGUACGCCUAUGGAAUACACAGGUUUCAUCGUUGACUUUUUACUCAAUCUCUUCUCUGCAAAUGGUGGCUUCUUGGGUUUGCUUUUCGGGAGAAUUGAUAUGUAUAAAGGUUGGAAUUUCGUCGAACACUUGGAGAGCAUGGAUUUGGUCAAUUCGGAUUCUUCAGAAAGCGUUAGGCUCGAACCGGGAAGUAGUGGGCUUAUGGAUUUGUGUGUGAUGGCUUCGAAACUUGCGUAUGAGAACGCCAAGGAAGAUUUUAUUUCGUUUGUGUUAUUCCAACAUUACCAGAUGCAUUAUGAUUUCGGCGGAGGUUGUUCAAUUAGUUAG